CUGGACUUGGUUUCCCACUUUCUUUCUCCUCAGACAGGGUGGAUUGACUCUCGCACACGAGCCGGACCAAUGUCAGUCACAGAGGGAUCGGCGUCUUCUUCGUCGGCAUCGCCUUCGACGUCCUCGUCUCCGUCCUUGAACGGAGCAUCCUCGGCGACGAGCGCAGAUCUGCCCCCUUCGCCCACCUUGAAGGAGGCCUCGUUGCCUCCGCAGGAGAGAAACGAGCGAGCACUCAAGCUCAAGGACGAAGGAAACAAGCUCUUCGUGAGCGGCGACUUUGAGAAUGCAAAGAUCAGAUAUGGCGAGGGGAUCGCCCUCGAUCCGACAGUUGUCGUGCUGUGGAGCAAUCGAGCUGCGUGCGAGCUGAAGCUGGAGCAGCACGGCUUGGCCAUUGAGGAUGCUAAGCCAUUGAGCUGGAUGCCAAGUUUGCAAAAGCCUACUAUCGAAGAGCUAUUGCAUACCUUUCGAUUGCCGAUCCGAAAUCAGCGCUGCCAGAUCUUCGUCAAUUAGUCAAGCUUGAGCCAAAGAAUGCGACAUGCCGGUCCCAGCUCGACUCGACAGUCAAGUUGGUUCGUAAGCUCGAAUUUGAGAAGGCUAUUGCGACAGAAGAGGGUCCGAAGACAUGGCAGACGGUAGC